AGUUAAAGGUAUCUACCUGCACAUCACCACAAACUUUCAUUUUAGCAACUCUCUGUGCAGAUCAUCGCCCACAUGAAUCCAGUUUUUUUGAAAGGCUGCAAGGCCAGGGGUCUGCUUCUGUGGAAAAGGAGUUGAAGUCAGACCACCAGGACUGCCCACCUUUCAUUUGCCACAACUGUAUUGAGAAGCCUGAACUACAGACACAGGAGUUUGGCCACUCCAUCCGCCUGGAUGGUGACAUCAUCCUCGGAGGGCUCUUCCCUGUGCAUGCCCGUGGUGAGCCGGGGCUGGCCUGCGGUGAGUUGAAGAAGGAGAAGGGCAUCCACCGACUUGAGGCUAUGCUCUUCGCCAUCGACCUCAUUAACAAAGACCCAGAGCUGCUGCCAAAUGUCACACUGGGUGCCCUCAUCCUAGACACGUGCUCACGUGACACGUACGCCUUGGAACAGUCCCUAACGUUUGUGCAAGCACUCAUCGAGAGGGACUCAUCUGAUGUCCACUGUGCCAAUGGUGAGCCGCCCGUCUUCGCUAAGCCAGACAAGGUCGUCGGGGUGAUCGGAGCCGCCGCCAGCUCCGUGUCCAUCAUGGUGGCCAAUAUUCUGCGGCUGUUUGGGAUUCCUCAGAUUAGCUACGCCUCUACUGCUCCAGAGCUGAGUGACGACGCUCGCUACGACUUCUUCUCUCGUGUGGUACCACCUGACACCUUCCAAGCACAGGCCAUGUUGGACAUCGUCAUGGCGAUGGGAUGGAACUAUGUGUCCACGCUGGCAUCGGAGGGCUCUUAUGGUGAGAGUGGCGUGGAGGCCUUCAUUCAGAUCUCACGGGAAUCAGGUGUUGUGUGCAUUGCUCAGUCCCAGAGGAUCCCCAGAGAGCCCACGCGUGGAGAGUUUGACAGAGUCAUCUUCCGCCUGUUAGAGACCCCUAAUGCACGCGCAGUCAUUAUGUUUGCUAAUGAGGAUGACAUCAGACGUGUCCUCGAAGCUGCCAAACACAACAAUCUCACAGGCCACUUCCUGUGGGUUGGUUCAGAUAGUUGGGGCUCCAAAGUUUCGCCUGUGGUGCAUCAGGAGGACGUAGCAGAGGGGGCCAUCACCAUCCUGCCAAAGAGAGCUGCUGUGUCUGCUUUUGACAGAUACUUCAAGAGCCGCUCUUUGUCCAACAAUCGACGGAAUGUUUGGUUUGCUGAAUUUUGGGAGGAAAACUUUGAGUGCAAGUUAGGGAUGCAUGCCAAACGGCCAGGCAGUCUGAAGAAGUGCACAGGACUGGAAAAAAUAGGCAGAGAUUCAGCCUAUGAGCAAGAGGGGAAGGUUCAGUUUGUGAUGGAUGCUGUUUAUGCCAUGUCCCAUGCACUGCAUAAAAUGCACCAAGACCUUUGCUCAGGAUAUCCAGGCCUCUGCCCACGGAUGAGUAACAUUGACGGCAAAAAACUCCUUAACUACAUCCGGGCAGUCAACUUCAGCGGUAGUGCCAAGACCCCUGUUGUGUUCAAUGAGAACGGAGAUGCUCCUGGACGCUAUGAUCUCUUCCAAUACCAGUCCUCCAACACUUCAGCAGGAGAAUACAAAGUCAUCGGCCAUUGGAUAGACCAGCUGCAUUUAGAUAUGGAUGUCUUGCAGUGGACGAGCGGGGAUUACUCGGUGCCCCCCUCUGUGUGCAGUACACCUUGCCGGAUAGGUGAGCGUAAGAAGAUUGUGAAGGGCGUGCCCUGCUGCUGGCACUGUGAAAGGUGCGCCGGCUUCCACUACCAGGCCAGCGAGCUCACCUGUGAGCUGUGCCCCUACGAGCAGCGGCCCAACUUCAACGGCACCGGCUGCUCACCCAUCCCCAUCAUCCAGCUAGACUGGCACUCGCCCUGGGUCCUAGUGCCCGUCAUCCUCGCCGUGCUGGGAAUCCUGGCCACCGUGUUUGUGAUGGCCACAUUCGCGCGCUACAAUGACACGCCCAUCGUGCGGGCGUCAGGCCGCGAGAUGAGCUACGUGCUGCUGACGGGCAUCUUCCUGUGCUACGCCAUCACCUUCCCCAUGGUGUCCACGCCGGACGUGGCCACCUGCUCCUUCCGCCGCGUCCUGCUGGGCCUGGGCAUGAGCAUCAGCUACUCGGCUCUGCUGACCAAGACCAACCGCAUCCACCGCAUCUUCGAGCAGGGCAAGUGCUCAGUGGCGGCGCCGCGCUUCAUCAGCCCGCCCUCGCAGCUGGCCAUCACCUUCAGCCUCAUCUCCGUGCAGCUGCUGGGCGUCUUCGUGUGGUUUGUGGCCGACCCGCCCAACGCCGUCGUCGACUAUGGCGAGCAGCGCAGCCAGGACCCGUCCAGUGCCCGCGGGAUGCUGAAGUGCGACAUCUCGGACCUGGCCCUGAUCUGCUCGCUGAGCUACAGCAUCCUCCUGGUCGUCACGUGCACAGUGUAUGCAAUCAAGACUCGUGGGGUGCCAGAAACCUUCAAUGAGGCCAAACCUAUUGGAUUUACAAUGUACACCACCUGUAUUAUAUGGCUGGCUUUCAUACCAAUCUUCUUUGGAACAGCACAGUCAGAGGAAAAGAUGUACAUUCAAACCACGACACUGACGAUGUCCCUCAGCCUGAGUGCCUCUGUCUGCCUGGGGGUGCUCUACAUACCCAAGGUCUAUGUCAUCAUCCUCCACCCUGAACAGAAUGUCCCCAAGCACAAGCGCAGUUUUAAGGCCAUUGUCACCGCUGCUACCAUGUCCAGCAAACUCAGCCAGCUGGCCAGCGAGAGGCCCAACGGUGAGGCGAAGACGGAGCUCUGUGAGCCCAAGGAGAGCAGCCCUCCACCUUCAAAGAACACAUAUGUGAGUUACACCAACCAUGCCAUGUGAAAACAGAACAGUGCUUCAUACAGAUGUGCAUGGAAUCCGAUCUCACAUGAGUCUCGAUCAGACACGUCUAAAUGAAGAGGGCAUAAAGAGAAGAGAUUGAACGAUGAAUAGUGAGAAUUAAAAAAAAAUAUGUCACAAUAGUUAAAUUAAGUGUAAAUAUUCAGUGGCUGUCAUGAUUUUAAAUUGUUGUUAUCCAACAGUGUCUGACCAGCAUUAUGAAAGUCAUUUGUCAUUGCUAGCGGUGAAGUUGGAUUAUAGCCCUAAGA